CAACGGGUGCGCGCAGGAGUCGGCGCGCCUCCCCGGCGACGCUGUAAAAGGCGGCGCGCCCGUGCCGACACCCUCGGGACGCGCGCCUGCAGCGCGGUUACGCGCAGCCGGCAGGUGCCUGCGUGUGGUGGAACCCUCGCAGAGCAUCCUCCGCUGGGGGUGUGUGGGAGCGCCGCUGUCCACCCCGCGCGCGGCACCUCAUCGUGGACAUCUGAACGUGUGUGUGUGUCUGUGUGUGUGUGUCUCGCUCGGACCCAACACGCUCGGCUGUUUCUUCUCGUCUUAAAUACCUUCGAUUUUGUUUCUUGGCGGCACGACGCGGAACUUGGAGCGCGUCAUGCAUCUUCUCUCCAUGCCAUCGUGGUCCUCGCUGAGGCUCAAGCUCGUCCUGCUCCAUGUGUGGCUCCACAGGGACGCGUGGACGCUGGCCGAUGCCAUCCACCCCGACUGUGCGAUAAUAACGCAGCUCGCCAAAGCCCAGGAGCUGUGCCUGCUGGCCCGCAGGCAGGAGGCCCGAAACUGGACCACAAGGACAGGCUGUCGGACGGAAUGGGACGAGCUCCACUGCUGGUUCCGUGCGGAAGUAGGGCAGGUGGUCAACGCCUCCUGCUCUGAGAUUUCUCAGCUCUUCACAAGCAACCAAGGCUAUGUGUUCCGGAACUGUACCAAAAGCGGCUGGACCGACCUGUACCCUUCAUACGAAGAUGCUUGUGAAUUCCAGGAGUACGAAGUGACGGAGUCAGAGACCUCAUACUACUCAACGUUCCGGCAAGUGUACACUGUGGGCUACGCCACGUCGCUGGUCUCCCUCAUAACAGCCAUCUUCGUGUUGACCGUUUUCAGGAAGUUCCGCUGCACCAGGAACUACAUCCACAUGAACCUGUUCGCGUCGUUCAUCCUGCGAGCCAGCUCCGUCUUCAUCAAGGACGUCGUGCUCUUUGAGGACGAGACCCUCGAUCACUGCUUCAUGUCUACGACUGCAUGCAAGGCCGUCGUGGUGUUCUUCCAGUUCAGCAUCCUCGCAAAUUACUUCUGGCUGCUGGUGGAAGGGAUGUACCUGCAGACCCUGCUGGCCCUCACCUUCGUCUCGCAGAAGAAGUACUUCUGGUGGUACAUCCUCAUUGGCUGGGGUGUCCCGGCUGUGUUCCUCACCAUCUGGGUUCUCACUAGGAACUUCUAUGACAACAGAGGGUGCUGGGAUGACACUGACUACGCAGUAUUUUGGUGGAUCAUCAAGGGUCCAAUAACAGCAUCAUUGUUAAUCAACUUUGUGAUCUUCAUCAAUGUCAUUCGCAUCCUGGUCCAGAAGCUCAAGUCUCCCGGCGUUGGGGGCAAUGACAGCAGCCACUUCAUGAGGCUGGCGAAGUCCACCCUGUUCCUCAUCCCGUUGUUCGGGAUGCACUACAUCCUCUUCGCCUUCCUGCCCGAGAGCAUGGGCGAGGAUGCCAGGCUCUACAUUGAGCUGGGUCUCGGAUCCUUUCAGGGCUUCGGUGUGGCUUUGCUCUACUGCUUCCUCAAUGGAGAGGUGCAGGCGGAGCUGAAGAAGCGCCUGUGCAAGUGGCAGUCCCAAAGCUACCUGAACUUCACCAAGAGGCGGCGGACGCUCUUCACAGAGAGCAGCACCGUCACCCAGAUCUCCGUCCUGGAGAAGCCCAGCCCCAAAGACCUGCUUUUGUCUGAAGGCCACAACAGCGUCUCAUCUGUCUGAACCCAUCUCCUAGCGGUACUGGGACCCCAGCAGAGCAGUUCCCCACGGUCACCUCAGCGGCAGGGGUGAGAAUGGACCACAGAGUGGACACACAGAGACGAUGCUUUCUUUUCUCCAACAAAAAGUGACGCAUUUCUUACUUCUAUGAAUAUUGUAAAGUACAUGCCCAGAGUGCAUCUGCUGCGGUCCACAUGAUACCACACAUUAGGGUAACGGUACUGUAAAUAUUUGCUGUUUGCGUUUUUUGUACACUUGCCAGCCAAUAUCGAAAUGCCACAGUUCUCACUGGGCCAACGAGAGAUCCCCACACAUGAACACGAACUCACGCGUGAACACCGUCCUCCUGGCUGACGGCGACCCUGUAGCCCUGCGCUCUACGUGAUCGAUGUUUCUCCGGCCAAAGUUACACGUGGAGAUACACGCGCAAGUCCUGGUCUUGGGUUCAGAGGUGCGAGUUUGUCCCAGGAUUGGUUGGGGCCAGAAGCAGAACCUGUGCCGCACGGAGGGUUUCCGGUCAGUUGGUCUGCAGUAGUGAUUGUAGCACAGAGGUUGUCAACACUUGUACGUUAUUACGCUUAUGGAAAGGUGGCAGCAGCAGCGUGUGUCGUCAUGUAUGAA